AUGAGUGUGGAACUUGGCCAACGGCGAACGAGCGCCGAGUCAACGGGCUUUGAUGCUGGCAUCGGCCCAAGCUCGAGGCCCUCGUUAUCCCACCAGCGCUCUGCGUCAAUUGAAGGGCUCAAUGAGCACGGGUCUGCAUGGGACCAGAGCCAUGACGGCCAUGGCAGCGAUGACGACCAAGCCUCUGAGCAUGAACUCCUCAUGGACCCAAACCUCCCAGAUGAUGAACAUGCUGAGGCUAUUGAGAUGGGAACCAGAAAUGCCCGGAAGAGACGCGACGAGGAGGAUUCUCCAUUUCCCGAGGUUCGAGCGGCUGUUCGCAGCUAUGACGAGGACAUGCCUUGCAACACUGUGAGGGCAUGGGCCAUUGGCUUGAGUCUGGUUGUCGUGGGCGCCUCGAUGAACACGCUCUUCUCUUUGCGACAACCAUCCAUUUCCAUCGGGCCACUGGUUGCCCAAAUCAUUGCGUGGCCCAUUGGUCAUGCAUGGGCUCGAUUCAUGCCCAGGAGAAAAUUCACCACCUGGGGCUUCACAUGGACUCUCAACCACGGCCCCUUCAAUAUCAAGGAGCACUCCAUCAUUGGAGUCAUGGCCAUCUACCCUGCCUCCAUGAUAUGGCCAGCUAAUCUGGUAGCCGUAACCAUGAUGAAUACCAUGUAUGAGAAGAACGAGGCGCGAGACCCGUCAGUUUUUGGCGGCAAUAUGCGUAGACUUACAUGGUUUUCCCUCGUCACCAUCGGGGCGUUCGUUUAUUACUUUAUCCCUGGAUUUCUAGCCCAGUGCUUGAGCGUUUUUGCUUUUGCCACCUGGAUUGCGCCUCAGAAUCCAGUCGUCAACCAGCUGUUUGGUGGCACAACCGGGCUAUCCUUGCUUCCCAUUACCUUUGACUGGACUCAAAUUUCGGGCUGGGUUGGGUCGCCCUUGAUUCCGCCCUGGUACGCAAUAGCAAAUACUUUGGUUGGCGUGGUUGCCUUCUACGUCAUUGGAUGUUCCGCUCUUCACUUUUCCGGGGCCUGGUAUGCUGAAUUUCUACCCAUGAGCGAUGCAAAUACCUAUGAUAAUACCGGCGCUCCCUACAAUGCCUCGCGUAUCCUGAGCCAGGACUUUACUCUUGACCAAGAAGCGUACGAAAAUUACUCGCCGCUAUUCCUGAGCACGACAUUUGCCAUGUCAUAUGGUCUCUCUUUUGCAGCCAUUUCAUCUCUCAUCGUAUACACCUAUCUCCACAACGGCAAGCAGAUUUGGAAACAGUACCAGAACAGCGCAAAUGAGAAACCAGACAUUCACAUGAAACUGAUGAAGAAAUACAAAGAGGCGCCAGACUGGUGGUACAUGGGCCUAUUCCUUAUGAUGCUCGCAAUGGGCUUGUUUACCGUGCUUGCAUACCCUACCAAACUCACCUGGUGGGGGUUUCUCCUUGCCGUGGCGAUAUCGUUUGGCUUUUCGUUGCCAAUUGGCAUCAUCGAAGCCGUCACGAACAAUCGAAUUGGCUUGAACGUGCUGACCGAGUUCAUUUUUGGAUACAUCCAGCCGGGGCGGCCGUUGGCUCUGAUGAUCUUCAAGACCUUUGGAUACAUCACCAUGUCUCAAGCACUCAGCUUCGUGUCUGACCUCAAGUUUGGACAUUACAUGAAGAUACCUCCGCGGACCAUGUUCUGGGCCCAGGUAGUCGCCACCACCUUCUCGUGCUUCAUCCAAAUCACAGUUCUCAACCUCGCACUCGCCUACAUCCCUGAUAUCUGCGACCAACACCAGCGCGACCACUUCACCUGCCCUGGCGGCCGAGUCUUCUUCUCAGCCUCGGUCAUCUGGGGCCUCAUCGGUCCAGAUCGCAUGUUCUCGCCGGGCCGCAUCUACUCUGCGCUCUUCCUCUUCUUCAUCCUCGGCGCCGUUGUCCCCAUUGCCGUCUACUUUGGCUUCAGGCGCUACCCCAAAUCUCCGCUCCAGUAUGUCAUGGCGCCGCUAAUAUUCGGCGGCGCAGGCACAAUCCCACCGGCGACGCCAUUGAAUUACUUCUCCUGGGGCAUUGUGGGGUUUAUAUUCCAGUACUGGGUCAAGAAGAGGCAUUUCGGAUGGUGGAGGCGUCUGAAUUUCCUCACGUCGUGUGGGCUGGAUUUGGGAUUGGCCCUGAGCACCUUGUUCAUCUUCUUCGCCUUUCGUAUGCACGGAAUCGACCCGCCCAGGUGGUGGGGGAAUGAGAUUGCGGACUCAACCAUGGACGCGCAAGGGACGGCGGUACAGGGACGUGUGGCGAGUGGUCAAGUGUUUGGGCCGAAGAGUUGGUGA